GAUACAAAGGGUACGCCUCAGGACACGAUUGUCUUCAAUCUUUGCGUCAAAUGUGUUAAAAACAAGAGCGCGACGUCUGAAACGACUCUUCCAGAAGAACUCUAUGAGAAUCUCAUUGAUAUCGUGAAGAAAUCUAAUGGAAAACGAGUGGCAAAAGUAGUGAACUCUCGAAUCGAUUCGGGCGGACGUAAUGUCUUUCGUUAUCCUCAUCUCAAAGACAAAGUGAAAAUGUCUUUAAUUAAGAAUCACUUUAUCUUUUCAGUGGAAUCGACGGGUGCUCUUCCGGCCCAUCAGUUGGUCACCGAAGCCGUAGAAAUAUUAAUUGGAAAUGGCGAAAGGAUGGGCCGUAUAUUUCUGGAGCACAUCGGAGGCCACCGUCUCUUCUCGUGCGCCUCCUGUGACACAGUCUUAACGAAUAGACACGAACUGAUCAGCACUCGCUUCACGGGCGCCACCGGACGCGCCUUCCUCUUCAACCGAGUCGUCAAUUUGAACUACAGCGAAGUUCAGGAUCGGGUGAUGUUGACGGGGCGUCAUAUGGUUCGGGACGUGUCGUGCAAGAACUGUGACACAAAGCUCGGCUGGAUCUACGAGUUCGCCACCGAAGAGAACCAGCGAUACAAAGAGGGGAAAGUGAUUCUCGAGAGGGCUCUCGUCACCGAAAGCGAUGGUCUCGAAGAACAUCUGCCCAACGAAUGAUGGAUAUCAACCACUCCUUCCCAUCGCAAUCACUAUCUCUUUCUUUGAUAUCGUUUUUUACAUUCAAUACUUUGCUUUCAAUUUGUCAUUAAAUCUGUAAAUCAAUGCAUAAAUGCUUUCGAGAAAUACUAUAUAACAGUAAAUAACUGCAGAAACAGUGAGUCCUUUGAGUCUAUUUUCGUAAGAUCUGUGAUAACUAUAUAUUGAUAUAAGAGUUCAGUCAAACGCUUCAUCCAUCGACUAUUUCUCUCUCUCUCUCUCUCUCUCUCUCU